UACCCGACUCCUCCAGCUUCCACAGUCCAUCACUAGCACUUCUGCUUCGGAGUGGCAGCUCAGCCAUUCCACCAUGGCCUCCAAGUUCUCGGCUUCCCUUGCUCUCUUCCUCACCCUCAAUCUCCUCUUCUUCAACCUCAUCGCUGCCUGUGGCGGUGGCCGCGGUGGUGGCGGUGGCGGUGGCGGCGGCGGCGGUGGCGGUGGUGGUGGCGGCGGCACCCCGUACACGCCGAAGCCAAGCCCGUGCUCCAGGCCGACCCCCACACCGAGCCCCAUCCCACCGAGCCCCGGAGGGGAAGCCAAGUGCCCGCGAGACACGCUCAAGCUCGCCGCAUGCACCAAUGUUCUCAACGGCCUGAUCAACGCGACGGUGGCACAGCCGCCCAAGGAGCCCUGCUGCAGCCUCAUCGAAGGGCUGGUCGACCUCGAGGUCGCCGUGUGCCUUUGCACCGCCAUCAAGGCCAACAUCCUGGGCAUCAACAUCAACCUCCCCAUCGACCUCAGCCUGCUCGUCAACUACUGCGGGAAGAACGUCCCCAAGGGCUUCCAGUGCCCGUAGAGGUCUCUGCCAUGACUCCAUGAUCCCUUGGGUCACGUAGUCUCCUCCAUCUAUGUUCCUGUUGGAAAGCAUUCUUAUGUGAUCGGUCGUGUUGAUGCAUGUGGUAGUGCUGUUGUCUUUGCUUGUGAAGCACCCUCGUUUAGAUAGUAGCAAAUCAUGUAUCCUUAACUUGAACUCCUGUUGUGUACUUGUCUGAUCAGUGGAAUGGUUGGGCCGUAUGUUGUCUUAUGAAAUCAUUAAAUUUGUUGCAUCUUGCAAUAAGUUCAA